CCCGCCCCGUCCCGCCCCGCCCCGCUCCGCCGAGAAUGCAGGCGGCGGCCAUUCUACGAGCUCCAGCCCCUCAGCAAACACUACAGGCUCUCCGGACGAGGAAGAGCGCCCGGUGGAGGGAGUGUGAGCCCUUUCACCGAACAAAGGCGGUGGCGCGCAGCCCGCCAAGGGGCCGGAGCCAUCACCGCGGGGAGGCAGAAACGUUCCCUAAAAUGGCGGCCGUCGUGCAGGGCGGGGCUGGCGGGGGCUUCCGCUCACGGCGCCCGGGGCUCCGGCAGGGAGGAGCCAGACGGGCCGACAGACCGCUUCCUCAUGGCGGCGGCGCAGGAACCCGGCGAGCCCGAGAAAGAGAAGCCCUUUAAGCUCCUAGGAUUUUUAGACAUUGAAAACAUUCCCUGUGCACGGCAAUCAAUAUUAUAUGGUUCGUUGGGAUCGGUUGUGACUGGCCUUGGACAUUUUUUGUUAACCAGUAGAAUUAGACGAUCAUGUGAUGUUGGAGUAGGAGGAUUUAUCUUGGUGACGUUAGGAUGCUGGUUCCACUGUAGGUAUAAUUAUGCAAAACAAAGAAUCCAGGAAAGAAUUGCCAGAAAAGGAAUUAAAAACAAGAUUCUGUAUGAAAGCACCCACCUUGAUCCUGAAAAAAAUCAAAGCAACAGCAAGAGUGACAACUGAGCAGUCACUGAAGUCAGUGUGAAUAAAGUGGAGAACAAUGCAAAGCCGAAUAUACUUUUUUUUUUAUGCCUAAAUGAAUUUAUUAUAAUCAAAGUGUUCAGGGCAUGCUACUAUUACAUCAAGGCUCAAGCUAGUGUACCAUGUGUUAGAUAUUUCUUUGUAAAAAGAAUACUGUAUUUCAAGGAAUAAAAUUAUCCAAGCUGUUU